CCCAGACAGUUGUUUGUAGGAUACUAGAUCUCGGUUAAUAUCUCCGAAUAUAAACCUGCACCACAUAUACACAAUCAAACAUAUACUGUACCACCUUGCUCUUCCACCUGUCUUGGAACCAUCUAUUGAACCUCAAGCCUCUUUGACACACACUCUUCAACUCAGACUUCACAUAUCUGACCCCGUCAACAUGGAGAAUUCCGCUGAGCCUUCCCACUGGGUGUCCCCUGCUUUGAUCAGAUCGGAUCCACUGGCCGGUCUCUCAGAACCAGGUCUGCCACCGACAGGAGAGGAAGGGGAAUCCUUCUUCUCUAACCCAGACACUGACUACAGCAGUCUGUCCUACUUCUCACCUCCUAACCUCAGCAGAGCCCCAGCAGCCUAUAGACACAACUCAGUUCGUCAGGUGUACACCUCACCCUCUCUCCUAAGUAACCUCCAAUGGCUGGAUGGGUCUGGCAACCACUCUCUAAGCUCUCCUUAUAACCCAUCACCCCCCACCUGGACAAACAACCCUUUCACCAAGACUCCCUUGCAUCCACACAACCCAACCUCUCUUUACACCUCUAGUGCCACAUCCUCUUUUACCACCUCCAGAGAUGGAUACUCUUCUCUGGGGAGGGAGGCCAAGGAGAGUCCCAGGCUUCAGGAGGCCCUGAAGACUGAGCGUUUAAGCCCUAUGGGAGGUAGUGGGGGCAGUUUUCUAAAUCUGACUUCUGCUGCAGGGGAUGCAUACCCCUCGUCUCCCCACUCCCAUCCACACAUGCUGGGUCCCUAUGGCUCAUAUGUGAACUCUUCACAGGACUACAGCACAGCUGCUCUAUACUCCUCCCCAGGAGCAUGGAUGAGUUCCUCUUCCUACUCCCCAAAACUGCGCAAUAAGAUGAGACUGUCUCCACCAGAGGCCAGAGAGUGUGUUAACUGUGGAGCUACUGCAACCCCCCUAUGGCGUCGUGAUGGGACCGGACACUAUCUUUGUAAUGCCUGUGGACUUUAUCAUAAGAUGAAUGGACAGAACCGACCACUGAUCAGGCCCAAGAAAAGACUGAUUGUGAGCAAGAGGGCAGGGACACUUUGUGCCAACUGUCACACCAGUACAACGACACUGUGGAGACGCAAUGCAAGCGGGGAGCCAGUGUGCAAUGCCUGUGGACUCUACUUCAAACUGCACAAUGUCAACAGACCCCUAACCAUGAAGAAAGAUGGCAUCCAGACACGGAAUCGCAAAGUUUCCAACAAGAACAAGAAAGGCAAGAAAAAUGGCAUAAUGGAGCAUUACUCUGACUUCCCCCAGCCUUCUCCCCUGGAUGAGCAUGGUGGGCCUUUCUCACUAGGCCCAGGGUCUCUGCUUGCUUAUAGUCACACCCCUCACCUGAUCCCCCCACAUUCUUCCCUGCAUCCCUCUGCCACCUUUCCCUACUCCCACCACCCCAACACUAGCAUAGUGCCAACGUUGGUUUAAUACUAACAGGGACCCAGCCCAUGAUAAACUACGCCCUCACUCAGAGGCAGAAACUUCCACACAAAUCCCUUAAGUAGUAACUUCUUUCAAAUAAUUAUUUAUUUAUAUUUGUAUAGUUCAAAAUGUAUUUGUGUGAUGUUGACAAUGUCCAAGUGUGGAAAUUUCACUAGAUCAAAAGAGACACACUUUUAUUGAAUAUUUUGUAAGUAAUUAAAUUCAGUUUCAUACAGUUGAUACAUUCAUGACAGUCUUGUUGGAUUUUCUCCAGCUCUACUGUGAUAAUGCUAAGGGUGAUGGAACACGGAUCUGUAAUAUUCAUUUUAUAAAUAUAUUUCUGUUUCAAACCAUAAUUGCAAUUUUUAUGACAAUUUUUGUAAAGCAUGGUGCAAUGGCAUAAUGUUUCUGUAGAAUAACACAUACGAAAGGCUCCAAUUACUGGCUCCACUAUAGUGGCAUUGUGUUCUCACCAACCAAGGUAUAAUAUGUCUUUGUCAAGGCUCGACAGACAGGUAGGGAAUCUGACAGUGAAAGUGUAUUGGGUACAGAAGCCAUGCAAAUCUCCCAUUUUGGAAAGUGGCAAAGCAUUCAACUCAACUGCUGUACUUGUCUAAAAUUAGAUUUAUGUGUCACUUCGGCUAGGUCAACAACCGUCAACUGCAUUCAGCCCUCCCACUCCUCCCCUCCCAUUACACACACACACACACACACACACAUGCAAAUGAAGGGCAUUAUUUCCAAUGGACGACUGUAUGGUGUAUUUUGUGUAAAACUAAAUUCUCAGGUACAUUGUGUGAUUUGAAAGAUCAUUAAAAAUGUGCUUAGAAA